AUGGCAUUCUCAAGAAAUACUCAUCAUCACCAACCAAAAACAUCCCCUCCAUCCUCCAAAAUACCUAUCAACAACAACAACAACAACAAUCAUCACACCUCUAGUAACCAAAAGCUCUUCAUCACUUGUCUUUCCUUCCUCUCAUUCGCCCUGCUCCUCCUCGUUCUCUCUUUCCGUCCCAAACCCUCCAGUGAGUCCGCCGACUCACUAGCGUGGCUGGGAAACCGCCUCCAAGCCAUCGUCAGAAACGAUGUAGCGCAUCGGGAUGCUGAUACCACAGCUAGAAGUAGGACGAGGAUCGGGCUCGUCAACGUGGACGAGAACGUAAGGCGCUCCUACGAAGCCCUCGGGCUGGCAGAGGUUGUCAACGUUGACUUUCAACGUGUAUCUGCCAACCUGACGUGGAAAAUGUUCUUCCCUACGUGGGUCGACGAGGAUGGGCCCCCGGGCAGCAACAACAAUUGCCCGGAGCUGCCCAUGCCGAGGCUCGACCUCGACGAGCCUCGGUACAAAGAGCUGGACGUGGUGGUCGCAGAGGUGCCGUGCGGGGGAAGCAACAACGGGAGCGAAGGGAUGAGGGACGUGUUUAGGUUGCAGGUCAACCUGGUCGUGGCGAAUCUCGUGGUUGCCGCCGCGGCGGGGAAUGGGGAUCGAACGGUCCACGUCGUUUUCAUCGGGUCUUGUGGGCCGAUGCCGGAGAUCUUCAGAUGCGAUGACAUGUUGACGCGCGUAGGGGAUUAUUGGGUGUACCAGCCUGAUUUGAACCGGCUGAGGGAGAAAGUGUCGAUGCCUGUCGGGUCCUGCCAAAUUGCUCCUCCUUUUGGACCUGCACCAGAUACCUACAUACGUGCAGGAAAAGAAUCAGGAAGAUCCAAUUUCCAAGCCCAGCCCAAUCACCAUCAAAAGCAAGCCUACGUAACAGUCCUCCACUCCUCCGAAGCCUACGUCUGCGGCGCAAUCGCACUGGCCCAAAGCAUCAAGCUCACCAACUCCACCAAAGACCUUAUCCUCCUCCACGACUCCUCCAUCACCCCGUCCUCCCUCGCGGGCCUCCGUUCCGCGGGCUGGACCACCCGGCCCAUCAAGCCCAUCCGCAGCACCUUCGCCCCCAAAAACUCCUACAACGAGUGGAACUACAGCAAGCUCCGUAUCUGGCAGAUCCAAGACUACGACAAAGUGGUCUUCAUCGACUCCGACCUCUUGAUCCUCCGAAACAUGGACCACAUCUUCCAGUACCCGCAGCUCUCCGCGGGCCCCAACGACAGGCACCUGUUUAAUUCGGGGAUCAUGGUCAUCGAGCCCUCGAGCUGCGCGUUCCAGGGCCUGAUGACCAAAACGGAUUUGGUCGCCUCCUACAACGGAGGCGACCAGGGUUUCUUGAACGAGAUGUUUACGUGGUGGCAUCGGCUGCCGCGGAAGGUCAACUGGCUCAAGGCGUUCGAGGUGAAGGGAGAUGGUACGGAUGUCGAGGAUGUGAGUCGCCGGCCCGGUGAUGAGGUUUAUGGGUUGCAUUUGCUGGGGAUGAAGCCGUGGAUGUGUUAUAGGGACUAUGAUUGUAAUUGGGAUUCGGUGGAUCAUCAUCAAUUUGCGAGUGAUGCAGCUCAUAGGAAGUGGUGGGAGGUUUAUGAUGCUAUGCCUAGGAAGUUGCAAGGUUUUUGUGGGUUGAGUAGGGAGGUGGAUGAGAGGAUUAGGAAGGGGAGGAGGGUGGCAAAGAGUAGGAAGUUGAGGAAUGGAAGGUGGAGGAUUAGAGUGAAGGAUCCUAGAAGAGAUCGUUUGAUCAAGGGAUGA